GCAGCUGGCGAGCGCAGGGCGGCCAUGGGUCGGGCGCUGCGGCUCUGGGUGCUGCUGCUCGUGCUGUUGGCGCCGCGCGGCCGCGCCUGGGACAGCGGCGACCUGGAGCUGUUCGACCUGGUGGAGGAGGUGCCGCGCAACUUCUACGACUUCCUCGGGGUGCAGCAGGAUGCUUCAUCUGCGGACAUUAGGAAAGCAUAUCGUAAGCUUUCGUUAACUCUACACCCAGACAAGAACAAAGAUGAAAAUGCAGAAACCCAGUUCAGGCAAUUGGUGGCUAUCUAUGAAGUAUUGAAGGAUGAAGAAAGAAGGCAGAGGUAUGAUGAUAUUCUGAUCAAUGGACUACCAGAUUGGCGACAGCCUGUAUUCUACUACAGGCGGGUGAGAAAAAUGAGCAAUGCUGAGCUGGCAUUACUCCUGUUCAUUAUACUCACAGUGGGUCAUUAUGCUGUGGUUUGGUCAAUCUACCUGGAAAAACAGCUGGAUGAACUGCUUUGCAAAAAAAAGAGAGAGAAGAAGAAAAAGACAGGAGGCAGGAGUAUAGAUGAAGUAAAACCUGGUGCUGCUGACAAAAAUGAAAGAGUGUUGGACAAACCACGGUGGCAGGACUUGCUUCCAUGUAAGCUUGGAAUUUGGUUCUGUCUUACUGUAAAAGCAUUACCUCAGCUAUGCCAGGAUGCCAGACAAUUGUAUGUAGAAUAUAAAGAAACAAAAAUGAAGGCAAAAGAAGAUGCCCUGGCUAGAGCUGAACUUGAAACACUUCAGAAGGAGAAGAAGCCUAAAAUCAAGAAGCCAAAAUCUGAAUUCCCUAUAUACACAGCUUCAGAAUCCAGUGCAUAUGUACCAUCUUAUGAUCAUGGAACUUCUAUUGAAGAGAUUGAGGAACAGAUGGACGAUUGGUUGGAAAACAGGAACAGAACACACAGAAAAAAGGCCCCUGAAUGGACAGAAGAGGACCUUAGCCAGCUGACAAGAAGUAUGGUUAAGUUCCCAGGGGGGACCCCAGGUCGAUGGGAAAAGAUUGCUCACGAAUUAGGUCGAUCAGUGGCAGAUGUUACUCUGAAAGCAAAACAACUGAAGGAGUCUGUUGCAUAUACUCCAGGUAUCAUUAAGCUCUCUGAACUUAAAACCCUGGCCCAGAAUCCCAAAAAUGCCACUGUGAAUUUGCCAGACCAUAUAAUCACUCAGCGAGAAAGAGAUGAUGAGGAAGAAGAUAACUAUCAUGGUGACCCACAACAGGUGGAGGUUCCACCAGAUUACAGGGAGCCCAUGACAAGUGAAACCAGACAUCGCAAGAGAAAAAUGGCUAAAGCACCUGAAAUGACUCUAGCAGAGAUGAAAGAGGUGGCAGAAGACAAGGGUAGAGGAAGGCGCCAGAAAGACUUUGAUAAUAUGGAAGAGGAUGAAGAUAGUGAUGAUGAGAAUAGGAAAAAAGAGAAAAGUCGCAGCUCAGAAGAACUGUGGACUCAAAAUCAACAGAAGCUUCUUGAACUGGCCUUACAGCAGUAUCCAAAAGGAACAUCAGACCGCUGGGAUAAGAUAGCAAAAUGUGUCCCUGGUAAAAGUAAGGAAGAAUGUGUGGCAAGAUACAAGUUGCUUGUCGAACUGGUACAAAAGAAAAAAAUGGCUAAAAGCUGAAUAUUCUAAGCAGAAGAAUUUUACUUCUCCUUUUCCAGAAUGGGAUUAUAUUUUAAAUCUCAGAUGCAGUAAUUUGCAUUUUUGUACCUCAGUAUUUCUAUACGUUAUGUGCCUUAGUAAGAGAAAAUAUCGAUAACAUUAAUAAAUCUUCUGUUAUGUUGCUUAACAUUUUCUGUGUUAAAAAGAAUCAAAAUGUAUUUUUUGUAUUGGAGAGCUGUCUAAACAGACAUCUUAUUGUAUAUAGUCUAGGAGGAUAGGUUUUUUAGAACACACAGAUAAUUUAUUGAAUGCAAGAAUUGAUGACUUCAGUGUGAAUGAAUAUGCAAUAUCCAAAGUUGGAGUGGCCAACAUGUGGCACAGGUGGCUUGGGAAGUUCCUGUAUGACGUGACAAAUCAGGGAGGGGUCAGGCAGCACAACAGCAGGUAGGCCAAGGGUCAAAAACAGAGUAGCAGAUUGCACAGGGAGCAGACAACAGUGCAGGAAGGGGAUCAGAAUGGCAUGUGGCGGGGUGUGUAGGGCUUAACUUGUGGCAUGCUUGCCAGAAGAUUGGCCUCCACUGAUAUAAAGGAUUUGAGGCUGGAGUGUCAAACUAUGCUCUGCCCUGAACCCAGAUCCUGACCAUAAGGAGCCUUGCAGGCUAGAUGCGGAACCAACAGCAGUGGUGAGGCAAGUGACAGUACAGGGGUUAAUGUAGCUGUCUUUUGCCUUCCCAUCCCCACCCCUGCAGACAUCCAUCUCCAGUGGGACUCCACAGGAGGGAAUUUGGGUGUAGGCUCCAUCCCCAAAUUCGUGGGCCCUCUGAGAGCUCCAUGGGCUAAGUGAAACAGCUCUGCGGGUUGGAUCCAGCCAGUGGGCCAUAUGCCUGAGAGCUCUGGUACAAGGCAUGCCUUAAAGGAGGCUAACGUUUGAAAACUUUUAUGAGAAAAUUUAAGCAAACAUGAGAUUGUUGAGAUCUAUUUUUUUAAAUUCUGGGUUUUGUUAUUUUCCAAACAGUUUGUUAUACAUACACAGUAUACACAUGCAUCUGUAUUUUCUAGGUAAGUAAAACAUGUACACAUAUACAAAUGUGUGACCACAUACUUUAAAUUAAAUUUGUUGUAUUUUAGGCCACUGGGUAUUCUUAUGCCCUCAGGCUUCACAUGCAUUUAUGUGUUGCCAGCCAGUCUGCACUGUAUUUGCUUUUUCAUUGUAUCUGAAAGGAUAACAUAGGGUUAUAUCAAGUAAUAUUCUUAUUUACUCAUAUUCUCACCUGUUCUAAAUUAAAAUGUUCUUAAAUGACGAAAUGCUUGAGA